AUCUGAAGUAGCACAGUCCAACUUCCUCUUGACUUGGGAAGGCAUCUCCAGCGUUGGGCUUCCCUGUUUGACCAGCCAUGAUUCACAGCCUCUUCCUGAUCAACUCUUCUGGGGACAUCUUCCUUGAGAAACACUGGAAAAGUGUGGUUAGCCGCUCGGUUUGUGACUACUUCUUUGAGGCACAAGAAAGAGCCUCAGAGGCAGAAAAUGUGCCCCCCGUGAUCCCCACCCCUCACCACUAUCUCUUGAGUGUUUAUCGGCACAAGAUCUUCUUUGUGGCAGUGAUCCAGACAGAGGUACCCCCGCUUUUUGUCAUUGAAUUUCUUCAUCGAGUUGUGGAUACUUUUCAGGAUUAUUUUGGAGUCUGCUCUGAGAUUGUCAUCAAGGACAAUGUCGUGGUGGUCUAUGAGGUGCUGGAGGAGAUGCUGGACAAUGGAUUCCCAUUGGCUACUGAGUCCAACAUUUUGAAGGAGCUGAUCAAGCCCCCGACCAUCCUACGGACAGUAGUCAACACCAUUACAGGAAGCACCAAUGUGGGAGAGCAGCUCCCCACAGGACAGCUGUCUGUUGUUCCUUGGCGAAGAACCGGUGUGAAGUAUACCAACAACGAGGCCUAUUUUGAUGUGAUUGAGGAGAUAGAUGCCAUCAUUGAGAAAUCAGGUUCCACGAUUACGGCUGAAAUCCAAGGGGUGAUUGAUGCUUGCGUGAAAUUAACUGGGAUGCCAGACCUUACCCUCUCCUUUAUGAAUCCCAGGUUGCUGGACGACGUCAGCUUCCACCCAUGCGUGCGUUUCAAGCGUUGGGAAUCGGAACGAAUCCUCUCCUUCAUUCCUCCAGAUGGGAACUUCCGUCUGCUGUCAUAUCAUGUCAGCGCUCAGAACUUGGUGUCCAUCCCUGUUUAUGUGAAGCACAACAUCAGUUUCCGGGACAGCAACUCAUUGGGCCGCUUUGAGAUCACAGUGGGUCCCAAGCAGACGAUGGGGAAGACCGUGGAGGGGGUGAUGGUCACCAGCCAAAUGCCAAAAGGCGUCUUAAACAUGACCCUCACACCUUCGCAGGGGACGCACACGUUUGAUCCUGUCACAAAGCUGCUGUCUUGGGACGUGGGGAAGAUCAACCCCCAAAAGCUGCCCAAUCUGAAGGGGACCAUGAGCCUCCAGGCAGGAGCCUCCAAGCCUGACGAGAACCCCACCAUCAACCUGCAGUUCAGAAUCCAGCAGCUGGCCAUUUCCGGUUUGAAAGUGAAUCGCCUGGACAUGUACGGAGAGAAAUACAAGCCUUUCAAAGGGAUCAAAUACAUGACCAAAGCUGGGAAGUUCCAAGUGCGAACCUAACGGUGGCCCUGCCCACAAGAAGGCUUGCGUGUGCCCUGACUUUCAGCCUGACUCUGUCCCAUCUUCCAGAGCUGCUCCUUGCUAUGGCCCACCUGGAGUAGGUCAAGG